UUGGUGAAUAAAUAAACAUUCAAAUAACAUGGUAUCGAUUUGACUGGCAGCUGAGGAACCAGCAACCAUCUCUGACUUUAGAUUUACAGUUUUUCAAAACAUAUUAUUUUCACCGUUUCAUAAACAAUUUCUUUCAUUUCCUCUUCUUCUCUUUAUCUUCUGCCGACAUCGUCUAUCUAUCUUCAAAGUGUUUUCUGUCCAAUACAAAAAAAACAGCAUAAUUAUUAUUAUAAACUUUGUAUUUCGGUUCUGGCUGAGGUUUCUGUUCCACUGAAUUGGUUUUAUCUGUUGGGGGCCUUGAAUUUGAUGUUUUCUUUCGUCCACAAAACAACUUUCAUAUUCAUUUAACAGUGUUCACAUGUCAGGGCCUCUUGAUCGGUUUGCACGUCCCUGCUUUGAAGGGUUCUCUGGUCAUGAUGAAAGGAGGGAGAGGAAAUCAGAUUUUGAGAACUCGGAAGACGAUAGGCGAACAAGGAUUGGUAGCUUGAAAAAGAAAGCAAUCAAUGCUUCAAGCAAGUUCAGGCAUUCUCUUAGGAAGAAGAGCAGCAGGAGAAAGACUGCAAGCCGAAGCAAUUCGGUUUCCAUUGAGGAUGUUCGAGAUGUUAAGGAGCUUCAAGCAGUGGAUGAAUUUCGACAGGCGCUUAUAUUGGAUAACUUGUUGCCACCGAGACAUGAUGACUAUCACACGUUACUGAGAUUCUUGAAAGCAAGGAAAUUUGAUAUUGAGAAAGCAAAGCACAUGUGGGCCAACAUGAUCCACUGGAGGAAAGAAUAUGGUACUGAUACAAUUAUGGAGGAUUUUGAAUUCGGUGAGUUGAAUGAAGUCCUGCAGUACUAUCCACAUGGUUAUCAUGGUGUGGAUAAGGAAGGAAGACCUGUUUAUAUUGAGAGGUUAGGAAAAGUUGAUCCCAAUAAGCUUAUGCAAGUAACUACCAUGGAAAGGUAUUUGAGAUACCAUGUGCAGGGUUUUGAGAAAACGUUUGCUGUUAAGUUUCCUGCAUGUUCUAUUGCCGCAAAGAGACAUAUAGAUUCAAGUACAACCAUUUUGGAUGUUCAUGGUGUGGGUUUCAAAAAUCUAACCAAAUCUGCACGGGAACUCAUCAUGCGGCUGCAGAAAAUUGAUGGUGAUUACUAUCCAGAAACAUUAUGUCGAAUGUUUAUAAUCAAUGCUGGUCCCGGUUUUAAGCUGCUUUGGAACACGGUGAAAUCAUUUCUUGAUCCCAAAACUACUUCAAAGAUAAAUGUUCUUGGAAACAAGUUCCAUAACAGAUUACUUGAAAUUAUUGAUGCAAGCGAGCUGCCUGAAUUUCUAGGUGGUAAUUGCACUUGUAUGGAUCGAGGUGGUUGUAUGAGAUCUGAUAAAGGGCCAUGGCAGGAUCCAAACAUUUUAAAGAUGGUUCUUAGUGGUGAAGUACAAUGUUCUAGACAAAUAGUAACAGUUUCUAAUGAUGAGGGGACCGUGAUCGAAUGUGAUAAGGCAUGUUAUCCAAUGCCAAUAAGAAGUAGUGAUACAUCAACAGCAGAAUCAGGAUCUGAAGUCGAAGAUAUUACUUCUCCCAAAGCAAGUGGGAAUUAUACAAACCCAAGGUUAACUCCUGUCCACGAAGAAGCAAGAUUGAUUGGUAGGGCUAGUGGUUUCUCUGAGUAUGAUGAGUAUGUUCCCAUGGUUGACAAGGCUGUUGACCUCGGGUGGAAGGAGAAACAAGUAACAACUCAAAACUCAUAUGGCUCAACAGAAAAUUUCCUACUGAGGGCUGGAAAAUCUGGUGGAAACUGUGCAUAUAUCUUGGCUGUUAUCGUGGGCUUCUUUGUUGCCAUUUUUACUUUUGUUCGUUCAUUAGCACUUCGUGUGACUAAGAGAAUACAAGACACAAAAUCUGAUUCUGCCAAAAAUAUGCCCAAGACGACUGUUGAUUCAAUAACCAAGGAAGAAUCUCGUCCCCCGUCACCGGUUCCCAGAUUAACAAAGACAGAAUUCAUCUCAUCUGCUAUGAAACGCCUUGGUGAGCUUGAAGAAAAGGUUGACAUGCUACAGUCAAAACCAAAUGUGAUGCCAUAUGAGAAAGAGGAGCUGCUGAAUGCUGCUGUUUAUCGUGUGGACGCAUUGGAAGCGGAACUGAUCGCUACAAAGAAGGCUUUGUAUGAAGCUUUGAUUAGACAAGAAGAACUUCUGGCAUACAUUGAUAGUCAGGAAAGAAGCAAAUUCGAGAAAAAGAAGUUUUGCUGUUGAAGAGAUAACUGUACAGAACGGAGCUGUUCGGCAAAAUGAUGGAGAUAUAUAUUACUUCCUUUCCUGCUUGUAUAUUUUACCUGCACAGUACUUUGUCUUCAAGAUGGCUUUUUAAUUUUCAUCAUAAAAUUCUUGUAUUAUGGAACUCUAUUUACACGUCUACUUGUAUGUCUUUCUCUUUCUCUUUGCCUCUAUUAAUUUGAAUGUAGAUGAAUUUAACUACUGAAUUAUAGAUAAUUGUAUGACACAAAUAAAGUUUGAUCCACCUUUUAAGUGUAUAACUUUUUUA